AUGGCGUGCAUGCCGGCCGUAUCCGCCCCCUCCGUUCUCGCGCCGGCACCGGCGUCGACCCGCACCCACCUCUGCUACUCAACGGAAACGAGACGCGGCGCGCUCUCCCUCCGCCCCGCCCGCGCUAUCCCCGCGCUGAGGCUCGGCGGCCACCGCGACGCCCGUGGCGCCGUCGCCGUCCGCGCCGCUGCGGCAGAGGGAGCCGUGGAUCUGCAGGCCAAAGUGACGACCAAGUGCUUCUUCGACGUGGAGGUCAGCGGGGAGCCCGCGGGCCGCAUCGUCAUCGGGCUCUUCGGAGAGGUCGUACCUAAGACCGUCGACAACUUCCGUGCACUCUGCACUGGUGAGAAAGGGUACGGCUACAAGGGCUGCUCCUUCCACCGGAUCAUCAAGGACUUUAUGAUUCAAGGUGGGGACUUCCAGGAAAACAAUGUUGCUGAGACUGAGAAGUACAAAACAAAUAAUGAUGGUGAAAACAGAACUUCUCUGCUCUUUGUCGAUAUGGAACCAAAUCAAUAUGCUGAUGAUGGGAUUGAUGGGUGGGGUAGGGUUCCACCUCACAAGUUUGCACCAUGGAAGUAUGCAAACUAUCAAAAGCUACCACUGGCUACUUAUUAG